UGAGGCGUUCCUCCGCAGUCUCACUCGCACGCCACGCCGCGCCGCGCCAUGGCCCACAUCGCCUCGCUGUUCCUCGCCGUCGGCGUCGUCGCAGUCGGCAUCGGCUUUCAGCUGGCCCAAGGAGCGGCUACGUGCAAAGAAGACAGUGACUGCUCGGCGCUGAAAAACUCCAUCUGCUAUGAGGGCCAGUGCACCUGUCCAUCCCAGUUCUUCCCCAACUACGACUACACGCUCUGUCUACCUCCCUCGGUGGACAGCAGCACGGGGUGCGAGGCAGCCAUGCAGUGCGCCGGCCGCCUGGGUCUGGGCGUCGAGUGCCACAACAGCGUGUGUCGCUGCGGACCCGGGAACCACUAUUUGCACGGCAGCUGCCGCCAGUCCGCAGGUGUAGGGGAGAAGUGCACGGAAAGUGAUGAUUGCUUCGACAAUUACGCGACUCACACCUUGACGUGUGCCAGUGGAGUCUGCGCAUGCGCCGACGGUGCCUACGACCGCUAUGGCUCUUGCAGGCUGAAAGCAAGGGGCGCGGGCGACUCCUGCGACUACGACGAGGACUGCAGCCACACUGACACGUCGCUGUCGUGCAUCGAGAACGUCUGCACCACGAGCAGUAGAGCCGCAGCCUCCAGAGGAAUGGUCAUUGCCAGCGCUUAUGUAGAGAGCAGAGAGGAUGAAGAAAACAUUCCCAACGUGAUCCCGUCGAAUCUGGCGUGCGGCAAUUCGACGUGCGGCAAUACGACCUGCUACAACGACACGCAGUGUGGCUUCGGGGAGACUUGCUCCGUGCUGGAAACCUGUGCCUGCAAAGCAGGCUUCUUCCGGGACAGCGACGGCGCCUGCAAACUGGAGCUGGGGGAGUCGUGCACAGCGGACGCCGACUGCUCGCACAUCGCCGGGGCGCGCUGCGGCGUCACGGACAGCUCCCGGAGCGCCACCUGCCACUGCGGACCGCGCUGGGCGCCCGACCCCGUCAACAACUUCUGCCGACUCGCCCGUAAGAUGAACUACAGCUGCGCCGAGAACGCAAACUGCUUUUCCUUCGGGAAUGCCGUCUGUAAGGACUACAAAUGCGCCUGCGACGACGGCUUCCGCUUCGUCGAAGAGAGAAAUUUCUGCUGGCCAAUCAAAGCUCUGAAUGACGAGUGUUCAGAAACACUGGACUGCUACUACAGUGGUUCCAUAUGCUCGAACGGCACCUGCGCGUGUGCUGAGGGCUACCAUGAAACAUACAAAGGCACUUGUCUCAAGGACAUCAAAGAACUGGGCGAUGAAUGUGUGUCGUACAGCGAAUGCACCUCUUUGUUCGAACACUCCAUCUGCAGCGGUGGCCGGUGCGUAUGCGGUACCGGCUACCUACAAACUGGGCCAACAGUCUGUUCCGUGGGUGUGAGCGGCCAGUGUUCCGAUAACGAGACCUGUAGCGCUGUCUCUGGAGCCAUAUGCAACGGAAAAAGGUGUGUUUGCGAGGACGGCUUCACCCUGUCAGCUGCUUCGGAUACCUGCCUGCAGGUGGCGACGGAAGAGGGGGGCCCUUGCAUCGAGUCUGUGCAGUGUGAGCCGCUGAUGGGCAAAUACUCGACCUGCAACACGACCACCGGCUCGUGCGUCUGCUUGGCCGGGAUGCACUUCGCAGAUGGCGCCUGCUGGAACAACACAGUACUUGGAGGUAGCUGCUCGCGCUCUAGCGAGUGCUUCGUCGUCGGCAGCCGAGACGGUUUGGAAUGCCGGAACGGCUUCUGCGAGUGCAAGUUCGAGUAUGCGGCCACCGAAGACCGCUCUGCGUGCGUCUCAGGAGCGACUUCUGGGCUGCAUCUGGGUGCGUCGACGUCUGCGCUGCUCUUGCUGGCUCUCUGUCUUCUCCGCAGCUCGCUAUGCUGACGAAGUGCCGGCACAUCGCCAUAGUCUAGCAGAACUAGAUCCUUUUCUGCGGGUCGUCUUUUGUAGAGCAACUAAGGAAAUAACAUGUUUACACUAAUGAACAUUGACUAGUCAUUUCUACGACGAGUCAUAACACCCUUAGUCUUCCAGCCUAGAUGGAUCCGCAGUUUUCUUCUUUCCCACGAAUGCGU